GAGUGUGCGGAGGCGGGACUUCCUGCGACCGGCCGGUGCACCUAGUAGCUCAAGCUACCGCAACUACUUCCCCUUAGGUCGGCAGCCAGGAUGGCUCAGGCCCAAGGCCGCCUGUGGUUGGAGAGCCCUCCUGGGGGAGCCCCUCCUAUCUUUCUUCCAUCGGACGGGCAAACAGUUGUCCUGGGCCGAGGACCCCUAACCCAGGUUACGGACCGGAAGUGCUCAAGGAACCAAGUGGAGCUGGUUGCAGAUCCUGAGACGUGGACGGUAGCAGUGAAACAGCUGGGAGUUAACCCUUCUACUGCUGGGUCCCAGGAGUUGAAGCCGGGGUCAGAAGGCUCUCUGAGGUUGGGGGACACACUGUAUUUAGUCAAUGGCCUCCACCCACUGACCCUGCGCUGGGAAGAGACCCCCAUACCACGAUCCCAGCCAGAUACUCCACCUGGCACUCCUCCACCGCCCCCAGAUGAGGAGCAGAAAGAGGAGGAGGACAACGAGCAGCAGAAAAAGCGGAUGCGAAAGUCAUUCCCUGGCUGGGAGAAUUUGGAGAAGCUGCUGGUGUUUGAAACACCAGGGUUGAAGUCCAGGGGCAAGGUAGCUGCCUUUGAUCUAGAUGGGACCCUCAUCACCACCCGCUCCGGGAAGGUCUUUCCCACAGGCCCCAGUGACUGGAGGAUCUUGUACCCGGAGGUCCCAAGGAGGCUCCAGCAGCUGGACACCGAAGGCUACAAGCUGGUCAUCUUCACGAACCAGAUGGCCAUCGGGCGAGGGAAAUUGCGAGCAGAGGAUUUCAAGGCUAAGGUGGAGGCCGUGGUGGAAAAGCUGGGUGUCCCCUUGCAGGUGCUGGUGGCUACACAUGCAGGCAUGUGCCGGAAGCCUCUAACAGGCAUGUGGGAGCAUCUGCAGGAGCGGGCCAACGAGGGUGUGCACAUCUCCCUCAGCGACAGCAUCUUCGUGGGAGAUGCUGCAGGCCGCCCCGCCGACUGGGCACCUGGGCGGAAGAAGAAAGACUUCUCCUGUGCAGACCGCCUGUUCGCCCUCAAUCUUGGCCUGCCCUUCGCCACCCCCGAAGAGUUCUUCCUCAAGUGGCCAGUGGCCCGCUUCGAGCUCCCAGCCUUUGACCCGAGGACUGUCUCCUGUACUGGGCCGCUCUUCCUCCCCGAGACCAGCACCCUCCUGCACGUAGAUCCAGAGGUGGUGGUCGCUGUCGGAUUCCCCGGGGCCGGCAAGUCCACCUUCCUCCAGGAGCAUCUGGUGUCCGCUGGCUACGUGCACGUGAACAGGGACACGCUGGGCUCUUGGCAGCGCUGCGUGAGCAAGUGCGAGGCCACUCUGAAGCAGAGGAAACGCGUGGUCAUUGACAACACGAAUCCGGACGCCGCUAGCCGGGCCAGCUUCCCUACAGGUACAUCCAGUGUGCCAGAGAUGCAGGUGUCCCCUGCCGCUGCUUCCUCUUCACAGCCACACUGGAGCAGGCUCGACACAACAACCGGUUCCGGGAGCUGACCGGCUCCUCACACGCACCAGUGUCCGAUGUGGUCAUGUUCGGCUAUAGGAAGCAGUUCGAGGCCCCAGCACUCUCCGAGGGUUUCUCAGAGAUCCUACAGAUCCCCUUCCGACUGCAGCUAGAGCCACGGCUGGAGCAGCUAUACCGCCAGUUCUCCGAGGGCUGAGCCCUAGCCCGGCCUGGCCCUGCACAAUAAAGGCUAUUUCCUGCAA